AAUAAAAAAAUAUAAAAAAAAAAAUGAUAAAAACAAAGACAAUCGAAACCCUAAGAGAUUUGGGACUGGGUCUUUAACGGCCAGUUACGUCACUGACACAGCUGUCUAAGUCGAGUUUAUACUUCCCUACUCGAAACCCCGUAGAGACGACGUGUACUCGAUUGGUCCGCCUCUGUCCUACAGAAAAUUUUCAUCCAAUCAGUAUUGUCUAAUUAUAAAUUUAAUUAGUUUUCCUUUUUUUAAUUAAUCUACCAACAAUAUAUAAGCGAAAUAAUAAAAUUCGAUUGAAAGUAUUUCGAGAUAAAUCGAUGGAAAUCUAAUGGUACAUCGAUACGAUCGAUCGAUGCCUCCUGAUUCGAACCUAAACUAUUAUGGUCAAGUUUUAUUCAACGAUCCUACUUUCUCUUGUAGGAUUAAAUCAAAUUCUUUCUUACUCUUUUCUGUUAUCCUAAGAAAUAUUUUCUAUUUAAAUAUUAAGUUUUAUAUAAUUGGAAUGUCACGUAGAGAAGUGAAUAUAAAAAGCAAACAGGUGUAUAGAAAAUUAACGUAAAUAUUUACGUUUAGAUGCAUCCUACAUUUUUUGUCUCCUAACUUGCAUAGCAUAUAUAUCUUUUUAAUGUAUUUUAUUUUCCAAAAAUGUAAGAAAUCAAAGCUUAAAUAUUGUUCAAUUAUUCAUUAUCAGGGAGAUUAUUCGAUAAAAGAAGACAAUAGUAAUCAGUAAGUCAGUAAUCGUGUAAAGAAGAAUAAGAAUAUAGAUGAUAAAAAAAGGUAAAGAAAUAGGAUCGAUUUAUUGUUCAUCUUUCCGAUACCGGUCUCGGAUUUCGACGCAAGGUUCGACGCAUCGCUGCGGAGGGUAGGAAGAAGUCGCGGUCGCGCCAAUCCCGCUUUUACGACCACGUUUAUAUACGAGGAACGUUUUUACUUGGGUAGUCUCGUUGGUGAGCUUCAUGCGCGCUUGGUGUUGGUACGAUUGCAUUGGUGAUUGUACACUAUAGUCUUGCUUACGAUAGAGGUUAGGAAUAUAACGAUAUCGUAUACAGCCGAAUGAAGCCGAGUUGAAGCUUCGUAGUUUCCCGAUUCCACCGAUAGAGCGUACGGUAAGAAAAGUAGGGGAAAUCCUGUGACCAAUGGUUCAGUCCGAGCAACGUUGCCAGGGAAACAAGUUAAUGAUUCGACCCGCCACCGAGGAAUUGGCUCGAGAGCCAACUAUCUUCUGCGCAUGCGUUACCCCCUGGAAGCAAUGCGCUAUAUCUCCUCGUAUUCAUGAAUAUAACUCUUCUUUGUAGUAGUAGAAAUAAUAGUAGUAGUGUAGUAGUGUAGUACUACAUUUGUAUCAGUAAAUACAUAUACUCCUUUUCAUAUGUUGUGUACUCAUGAAUGUACAUCACACAUAGAAAAAUCUCGUCCUUGCUUGUAUGCAUGUUCCCUCUCCUCGAUAUUAUGUGUUAGUGCGCCAACUCCAUUACCAACACAUAGAAGAUAGACUAUAUCUCCCAAAUAUCAAGUUACCCUAUGUGUUAGUAAAGUAAAACGAAUCCCUACAGGAUCACGUUCCUUUCGCCUGCAUACCAAUACGCUCUGUCCCAGCGACGAUUGGUGAUCUCCCUCUCGCUCUGUUCCAUCUAUUCUUGUCUCUCUUUCUCUCAUAAAUACAUUUUCCUUUCUCGUCGGGCAUCUUUUCAAGCCUUAUAAAUGCAUCCUUUUCUAUUCAUUCAUCUGUUUUCCUUUUCUUUUCUUAUACAAUGUCUCUCUUAUACUUUCUCUUUUGCUCUUUCUCUUUCCCCAAGUAUAAUCUACCAUCACGUGUCCCCGACACAAAACACGCUGCUAUGCUAUUAAAUAAUCUCAAUCAGUUGUAUGUAUAGAAGUAUAUCGUGUAAGAAUACAUAGAAGCAUUCACACACAUUCUCAUACGGCAUAUGAAAGGAGAAAAUGAAAGAGAUAGAGAGAGAAAGAGAAAGAUAUACACAUAUUACACGAAGCAAAAUAUAUAUAUAUAUAGCAAAGUACGAGGCGUUACGACGAUUGGCUCCCUUCCCACUUCGUCCACCACUCGAUCGACCUCUCUCCUUCGUGCAUGCUCGCUGUCCAUCCAUCUCUCUCGGUUUUCCUCCAUUACCCCCUCUUUUCUCUCUCUCUCUCUCUCUCUCUCUGUCCCUUUCUUUGUCUCUGUUCGUAACAUUUCCUCCCUCGGCUCUGGUACUGACCUUAUUUUCCCCACCGCUCGGAGAUCGUAACACUGACGCGGCGUAUCGCUUGAGACCCUAUGCGCUUCUGCGUGUCGAGGGGUGGGGGAGGAGGUGGAGAUGUAGAUUAUAAUAUCCGAUGUCCGUCGAUCAGGCCGCGAAUUAACGACUAGAAAAUGGAAGCAACUCGUCGAGAACGACGAUGAGGAGCUGGAGGAGAAGAGGGAGAAGGAAAAGAAAAAGGAGGAGGAGGUAGACGAGCAGGAAGAGAAGAGGUGGUGGUGAACUGCGUAGAGGGGGACGAGGAGGAGGACACAUAAUUGAGAGACUGAGCAGCUGCCGUUGCUGUUGAUGAUGAUGUUCUUUUACACUCUCUUUUAGAAAAUGCAAACGCAAAGAAUAUUGCGAAAGUGCAUCUUGGCGUGCACGUUGAACGUUAAUCAAGGAGGAUAUGGGUGUCGAAGUUAUUAUGCGAAAAAAACAAAGCCAGAAUUAACAUCGGUAAGAUAUAAGACACAGCGUGGUCCAUAUUCCAUGAUCACGGAUGAACAUGUUAAUUUUUUUGAAAGAUUACUCGAUCACAAUCGCGUUAUCACCGAUCCCGACGAAUGCGAUGGUUACAAUAUCGAUUUCGCAAAUACUGUUCGAGGCAAAAGUAGACUUGUACUAAAGCCAAAGAAAACUGAGGAAGUCUCGGCAAUAUUACGAUAUUGUAAUGAAAAUCGUUUAGCUGUUUGUCCACAAAGUGGUAAUACCGGUUUAGUGGGUGGUAGUACACCGGUGUUCGAUGAAAUCGUAUUAUCAAUGAAACUUAUGAAUAAAAUCAUCGAAACUAAUGAAAUGGCAGGUGUUCUUACUUGCGAGGCUGGCUGCGUUCUCGAGGAUUUGGAUAAUCAUUUAUCUACUUUUGGUCUCAUGAUGCCUUUGGAUUUAGGUGCAAAAGGAAGUUGUUUGAUUGGAGGCAACGUUUCGACAAAUGCUGGCGGACUUAGACUACUUCGUUAUGGUAAUUUACAUGGAAAUAUUCUUGGACUUGAAGCCGUAAAAGCUAAUGGCGACGUCGUGGAUUGUUUGAAUGGUUUAAAGAAAAAUAACACUGGUUAUCAUUUGAAGCAUUUAUUUAUCGGUUCGGAAGGAACUUUAGGUGUUGUAACGAAAGUUGCCCUGCAAUGUCCGCCCUUACCCAAAGCCAUAAAUGUCGCAUUACUUGGUUUGAACAGUUUUGACAACGUAUUGAAAAUUUAUCAUUUGGCUAAAAAAGAAUUGGCCGAAAUUUUAUCCUCUUGCGAAAUGAUGGACAAAUUGUCGAUCGAUGUUUCGACCAAACUUUUGGGUCUUCAGAAUCCAUUGGUGACGGCUGAUGGUCACAAUCAUGACUUCUACGUAUUGUUGGAGACAUCCGGUAGUCACAUGGCACAUGACGAAGAGAAACUCACUGCGUUUGUUGAAAAACUUCUUAAUGAAAAUAUUGUGCUAGAUGGUACACUCACUUCUGAUAUUACGAAAAUAAAGAAUAUCUGGGCUCUAAGAGAAAGAAUUAGCGAAGGUGUUUUGCGUGAAGGGUAUGUCUUCAAAUACGACGUUUCAUUACCACUUCCAUAUUUUUAUAAAAUUAUUGAAGUUUUAAGAGAACGCUUACGUGAUCCACGCGUUACUAGAAUAAGUGGUUAUGGUCAUAUAGGUGAUGGAAACAUUCAUGUACAAGUGUCAAUACCAACGUACCAGGAAGACAUAGCGUCGCAAUUAGAACCAUUCAUUUUCGAAUAUAUUUCUAGUGUUCGUGGUAGCGUUAGUGCAGAACAUGGUAUAGGUUUUAAAAAAACUAAAUAUCUUCAUAUGAGCAGAACACAAUCGGAAAUUGAAUUGAUGCAACAACUUAAAUCAAUCAUGGAUCCGAGAGGAAUACUUAAUCCGUAUAAAGUUUUACCUGUUGAUUAAGUCACCUAAUUUAUCGUAAAAUAUACGAACUAGGACAGGAGGAAUUUUAUUUCAUAAAAAUAUGGAUACAAUUUGUAAAUUG